AUGUAAAAAAGAAAAAAAAAGAAAGAUUUUAAAAAAGCAGCGGGUGAAUAAGGGGUGUGGGCUGGUGGGUGUCGCUGGUGAUGUCACACCUCCCAGACAGCCAGGAUUGGACCCUAAUUAGAAAGCUCGGCAGCAAAUAGAUAGGAGUCCCGCAUGAUUGAAUUCAAAGUGGCUGAUGCCAAAAUUUCUGCAGAGGCGCGGAAAACUGUCGGAGAGGAGCGGAGCAGACAGGGCGCCGGUAUCAGUGCAGCUGAGAGCUGCCACGCUGCGCUGCAAACAGUCUCUCCGUGAGCUGGAGGCAAGCUGGAGUUUCAGAGGUGAUACACGAACAGCAAGACGCGCUCCCCCCCUGGUUUGGAGGGAUAAAAAAACGAGGGAGAGCCGAAAAUAUAGUCUCUACGUCAAACCCGAGGACGCUGCGUUCUCAGAGAGCAACGGAGGCUGAAGCGAGACAAGUACAAAGGAGAGUCGAGCUGCCGAGUCCAAGUUAUUCCUGCGCUUCGCUCCAAAGGCUGCGCUGAUGGCAUCCGUACUUGGAAACAACAGCCGCGCGUCCGGGGCUCAGAGCGGCCAAGUCAAAUGCAAGCUGAAGAAGAGGAGGAGGAGGCGAUCUAAGAGAAAAGAGAAAUUCAGUAUGCUGUCAGCAUUGAUCGCCCCCUUCAAGUACAUAAGCCCUGGGACCAGCGGUACAGAGGACGAGGACAGUUUAAGUACCAGCAGUGCAGAGGUAAAGGAAAACCGUAACGUCGGUAACUUAGAAGAUCGCACCAUAGGAUCUGCAGAGUGCCAGUCGCUCUUCUGCUCUGACUCUACGAGAAGCGGCAGCUCUGCUCUGAAGAGGAAACGGCCACUGGAGGAAGACAACAAGGGGCACUUGUGUCAACUCCGCCUGAUCUAUAAGAAACUGUCCUGGUCUGAGGCUCCAAAGAACGCUUUGGUGCAGCUGAAUGAACUCCGGCCGGGCCUGCAGUACCGCAUGGUGUCUCAGACAGGCCCAGUGCACGCUCCUGUCUUCUCCAUCGCUGUGGAGGUGAACGGGCUGACCUUUGAGGGCACAGGACCCACAAAGAAGAAAGCUAAGAUGAGGGCUGCCGAGCUGGCCCUCAAGUCCUUCAUCCAGUUCCCAAACGCUCCUCAGGCCCACCUAGCCAUGGGAAACAUCUCCAACCCUUCAGCCGACUUCACCUCAGACCAGGCGGACUUCCCUGAAACGCUCUUUAAAGAAUUUGAGUCCUCGCCAUGCUCCGAUGGCCUCUCGCUCUGCAGCACAGCAGCUGAGAGCAAGCUACUGUCGAGUGAGCUACUGAGACAUGGACGGUUGCUUCGCCACACCUUGGACUUGAUGGUUCAGGCUCAGCAGAGGCUUGGUGGGAUUGUUCCAGAGCCUGAGGCUCCCAAGAGCCCUGUGGCGUUGCUAAAUGAACUCCGGCCGGGCCUGCGCUACGCUUGCCUUUCAGAGCAAACUGAAGGGCGACGGCUGCGUAGCUUUGUGAUGGCAGUGCGUGUGGACGGGCGGAUAUUUGAGGGCUGUGGUCGCAGCAAGAAGCUGGCCAAGACCCAGGCGGCCCAGUGUGCUCUUCAGGCCCUCUUCAACAUCAGGACAGCCCCUGAGGGGAGGACAGGCCUCAAAGCCAGCAGGAAGAGUUGUCCUCAUUUACCCCAGGACUUUGCCGAUUCAAUAUUCCACUUGGUGAGGGAGAAGUACCGGUCGCUGGUGGGCGGCUGCAGUCCUGCGCACGCUCGACACAAAUCCCUGGCAGGCAUCGUAAUGACCCGAGGCCUGGACCUGCGGCACGCCCAGGUGGUGGCGUUAUCCACGGGCACCAAGUGCAUAAACGGGGAGUAUCUGAGUGACCAGGGACAAGUGGUCAAUGACUGUCACGCUGAAGUCACGGCCCGGAGAGCCCUGCUACGCUUCCUCUACUCACAACUUGAACUCUUCUUAAGUAAAAGCCCUGAGGACUGGGAGGAGUCGAUAUUCAUGCGGCACAAGGAGUGUGGCUACAGGUUGAGAGACAACGUCCAUUUCCACAUGUACAUCAGCACCUCACCGUGUGGUGACGGGAGACUCAACUCACCCUACGAAAUCACCACUGACCUCCACAGCAGCAGACACCUCAUGAGGAAGCACCGCAACCACCUCCGGACCAAAAUCGAGUCAGGCGAGGGAACGGUGCUGGUGCGAUGUCGGGGGCCCGUCCAGACGUGGGACGGCGUCUUACAGGGCGAGCAGCUCAUUACCAUGUCCUGCACAGACAAGAUCACCAGAUGGAACAUCCUGGGCCUGCAGGGGGCGUUGCUGAGCCACUUUGUGGAGCCGGUGUACCUGCACAGCAUGACCGUCGGCAGCCUGCGCCACACGGGUCAUCUGGGCCGAGUUCUGAACCAGCGGCAGGAGCGCCUCGGUCCACUGCCCGCCACAUACAGACGCAACCAGCCUCUGCUCAGUGGCCUGAGCAGUGCUGAGUAUCAACAGCCAGGGAAGGCCUCGUGUGUGAGCGUCAACUGGACGCUGGGCGACGCACAGUUGGAGGUGGUCAACACUGCCACGGGACGGAGACGGGACUCAGGGACACCCUCGCGUCUCUGCAAGCACGCCCUGUUCACCCGCUGGAGCAGACUGUACCGCAAGCUGGGGAUCCACAUGGCCGGCUCGGCGGACCACCAGCUCAUGUACUGCGAGGCCAAGAUGGCGGUGCGUCCUUACCAGACAGUGAAGCAGCAGUGGUUCAGAUCUCUGCAGGAAACGGGCCUCGGUACCUGGGUGAAGAAACCACCCGAGCAGGAACAGUUCCUACUGUCGGUCUGAGGACGAGAGUUUGUGUGUGUGUGUGUGUGUGUGUGUGUGUGUGUGUGAGAGAGAGAGAGAGAGAGAGAGAGAGGGAGUAAUUGUUUAACCUUUAUUUUUUUAGAGUAAGAUGACUCCAUGCUCUUCAACAACAUCCUGCUUCACGCCUUCAUACCUGGACUUUUCCCAGUGUAACCUCUAAGGCUAUCACCACCGUCACUCACCCACUACAGAAACAUCAAGAGGAAGGUCAGCUGGACGGGCUGAAAAGAAAAGGGACAAAAAAAGAUGGACUUCUCUGAACCCACAAACACACACGUUUAAGCAAACACACACCUAAAUACCCCCCUCUUCAGCUGUCAGGGAAGGGUGGGGUAACCUUGAGCAGAAUGAAAGGCAGCCGCUAUCUUGUCAUCAGCUAUUUCCGGGCCCCAAGGCUCCCGCUGAGGAGCAGAGCCACGGGGGAGAGAGCGAGAGAGAGACAGAGAAAGAGAAAAAGAGAGAGAGAGAGAGAGGUCCACGUCCAAUUACCGGCCCUGUCAGGGUGACGGCUGAUAGAGGAAGAGGAAGGGAAGAGAGAGCGAGAAAAAGAGAAGGACAGACCAUUGCUUCAGACCAGCCCUCCUGUUCCUCACCUUCCCCUCUCUCAUUUCUAUCUUUGUCCUCCUUCUCUGACUCACCCUUUGACUCCUGACUUUCCUCUCCUUUUGUCUCCAUCUCUCCCUCUUUUGCCCUCUUUCCAUUUUCUUCCUUCUUCCACCUAUUUCCCUCGCCUCCUCUUUGUCACUCUCUCCUCUUUGCUAGCCCCCUCCCCCACCCUCCCUGCCUUUCAAGCGCGGCGGACUUCACCACGACACGACGACAGGUUAAUACACCCUCUUUUUUUCCCCUUCCUCUCCUCACCCCACUGGGUAGACAGAGGGAGAAGAAUCGUGGCGAGGUAUAUAAACGCGGCCAUUACAGCUUGCCUAAGUACGAGUGGAGUGGAGUAUGUUCCCUCUCUUUCAUACUGAAUUUAUUUCCUUUGACCUCAGCUUUUCAGCCCGUUCUGGCCGGUUUCCGUACAUCUGAAUCGAAGCUUGCCGUCACCGAUAAGAGCAAGUUUCGGUCGUGACUCAUUAGCGAGGCCUUGUUGACCUUAUCGACUUGUGCUGCCUUUCUUUGUGUGUCAUGACCGCCCUGCACAGAUAAUAGCCAAGGUGGUGGGAAGUUUAGCUCGCCUCCCUGUCAGCGCUGUGGUCGACUUGAGGGGUUUUAUUUUUAGAUGCCAUAUUCAACACAGAUCAUCAUGUAGGAGUUAAAGAUUAACAAUGCAAAGUGACUAAAGAUCCCUGAUCACUACCAUGUAAAUUUGUACCUCACACUAUUUUUAUGUCUUUGCAUAUUUCAUGACGUAAACGUACACCCUGUGUGUGCGUGUGUGUGUGUGUGUGUGUGUAUUUUUUUAAUGGAGCUAAAUGUUUAUAUUCAUUAUGAUCAUGACUGUGUUGUUCUGUCACUGCUGUAUUCUCUUUAAGGCAUUUAGAAACUGCCACCAGCACGGCUCAGUCAGCGGUAAGAUCUGAGUAGUGAGAGGGACAUCUAGUGGUGCACUCUGGGAACAUUAUGAGCUCCAGUGAGGACACAGUCAGUCUGACUGAGGAAUGAGCGCUUAAGUGGAGGUCAGCGUGUGAGGAAGAUUAUUUUACAGGACUCACACAAGAACAGAGAAUUUGACCAACGUGUGGCCUGCAUCUGGGUUCAUUUGACUUUUUUUUUUUAUUUUAAUUUAGAAAAAUGAAAUUGGCAAAUCAGUAUUGCUGCAUGUAAAUGUGAUAUACCCAAUGUUUUUUUAAAGCCCCUUAAAAUUUAAAAUUUAUUUCAAAUGCUAAGUAUUUUUAUAUAGCAUUAAAUAUUCAACUGGGGAUUUAAUAGUCAGAAACAAACCUGCUUCAUCAGGACUGUGUGGUUGUGGUUUGAUCAGAUUUGACUGACAGUGACCAAACUGUCAUCUGAGUCUGAUUCAAAUCUUGCAGAGUCAUCGCCUUUUUUUCUAACCGGAGGCCCACAGAUAAACCAGAGCUGAGAGCACAGAGGAAAUGAUUACGUGAAAUAACCAAAGCUAUUCCAACUUUGGCAGAAAAUGCUCCAUCUUUGUAGGACCUCAUUACUCAUGGUAAGAAGCUGACUGAGAAAAAAAUGGGGUCCAUAAAUUAUUUUUUUUGAAGGUAGCAGUGCCCCCCCACCCCCCACCCCCCACCCCCAACACUGAGCAGGUAUGGUGGGUCAAAGAUGACACUACUAAAAAAAACAUUUUAGUAUCUCAUGUUUUUUAUAUCCAAUUAUGGUCUAGCUGGCAUUUUAGGAGCUUUUCCAUCAUGACAAGAAUACAGUUCUGGAAGAUGUUUACUUUUUAUUUCAUAAAAAUUGCAAAACUGUAAAGGCACUAGUACAGUAUGCUGUGUGGUAAUAACCACUGACCCCCCCCCCACCACCACCUAUACAUCAGCAGCUUUUAUUAUGCACCCAGGGGCACAUGGGGCAUGGCUGGGAGUGGUGACUGCUUUGUUGUGACAUCAUAAAGUGUCCAAAUACAGGCUGUGUGCUCUGUGGACUGAGCAUUCUGAUACUUUGACAGUAUUAAUAUAGCACCUAGACCUGCUUUAUAAUCAAAAAAGACACUUUAUACAAUAUAGGACCUUUAAGACUAGAUUUUGACAAAGGACCACAAAAUAUAUUACGACAAAGCAACAAUAUUAGCACAUAGAGCAGGACUUAACAUAAAACAGUUGAUAUUGAACUUUAAUGAUGCAAAUCCCCUUUCAGUUUAUCAGAUCAUCAACAUGAGCAGAUACACAGUGAACCUGGGACUUUUGGAGCUCUUGAGGGUCCAGGGUUCAGUUGAUGAUCUGGCCUUGGCUAGUGGCAGCUUAAAAAAAAAAAACAAAAAAAAAAAACACUGGGAGUCAGUUUUCAGGAACUCAUAUUGUCUGAUUCUUUGUUUACACCUUAACGUAGCAGUGGAAAGCUUGAAUCUGCUUUCUCACAGUGGCAAAGAUCAGAUUUAGCGUAAAUCUUGUCCGUGUGCAUCAGAAGAGAGAGAUUACGUGUUCGUGAUGGUCAUCAUCAGCUUGCACUCCAUAACUUCAGACAUGACAUUGUUCGUCAACAUGCAGUACACCAUGUCUCCUAAUGGCUGUGUUGGCCAUGACAACAGAUUUACAGAUUUAUUUUGAGAGAUAAUAAAUAUAAGGCAUGUCUGAAUGGCAAUAUUGUAUCUAUGAGUGUACAUAUGUAUAAAAAAUGUAUAAAAGAUGUUGACAAAGAUGUGAAAGAGAAGUGUGUGUAUGAUGUAAAUUAAAGUAUAUGAAGAAUUGCUGCUAAGAUCUGUAAAUUGCACUUCAGUAACAAAUAAAAAGUGAAUGUUUGUACUGUAUAUGUGAAUAAAACCACAAAAUC